GUUUUACCGGAAGUGUGUUAACCAGCUGAUAGCCAAACUGUCAACAGUGGAAGCUGCUGUAGCCGCGGCGCCGAAACCACCAGAUCCACGAUAAAAACAGGAGAAAAGAGAGGUCAAGAGGUCGCCGACACUGAGACUGGACUGCAGUCUGUUUUUGGAGGAGCGUUGACCACAGAAGCUCCAGUCUCCGCUGCAGGGAGGACGCCCCGUCCCCCGGCCGUCCCGUCCCGCUAUGAGCUCCAGAGGGAGCGGAGGCCGCACCAACGGCUCGCUGCCACAGACCAAGAUCUGCCAGUUCAAGCUGGUGCUGCUGGGCGACAUGGCCGUGGGCAAGUCCAGCCUGGUGCUGCGCUUCGUCAAGGGACAGUUUGACGAGUUCCAGGAGACGACCAUAGGAGCUGCUUUCUUGGCUCAGUCCGUGUGUCUGGAUGACACGACAGUGAAGUUUGAGAUCUGGGACACCGCGGGUCAGGAGCGAUACCACAGCCUCGCUCCCAUGUAUUACCGGGGCGCUCAGGCCGCCAUCGUCGUCUUUGACAUCACCAAGCCGGAGACAUUUGAGAGAGCCAAGGCCUGGGUGAAGGAGCUGCAGAGGCAGGCCAGUCCCAACAUUGUCAUCGCUCUAGCCGGAAACAAGGCCGACCUGGCUGAGAAGAGACUAGUCGAAUACGAGGAAGCUCAGACGUACGCCGAAGACACCGGACUGCUCUUCAUGGAGACGUCCGCAAAGACGGCCAUGAACGUCAACGAGCUCUUCCUGGCCAUCGCAAAAAAGAUGCCAAAAACAGACACCCAGAACCCGACACACGCAGCGCGGCAUCGGGGAGUCAACCUGCAGGACCCGGACGCUCACUCCACCCGAGCCUGCUGCGGCGGCGGCAGCAGCAGCAGCGGCGGCAACUAGACCUCCAACCACGGCACGCUCCACCGACCACCGCUCCACCAUCCACAGCAGCCCCGAAUAUCAUCAACGCACAAGCGCCGGAGCGAAACAACGAGUAUCUACUCACCCACCCCCUCUCUAUUCAUCCUCCUGUCAAAAAGAAAAUCAAAGAGGAAACAGAGAUGGAGGGAACGACAGUGACGAGGGGAGGAGCCUGCUGUCGUAUUUGGUACUUAUUGUAAACUUUCUUUCGUUUAAACUCUUUGCCUUGCAACGUCUCCGUCAGUCACCCUGUUUCUUUGUGUUUAAAAAAGAAAAAUACUGUACAGCCUGAGCAGAGCGGCCAUGACAGAAAACCAUAAAGAAGUCAAACUCCUCCUCCUCCUCCUCCUCCUCAUACCAGAGCUUGUGUCUGCUUGCUUUUGUCUCCUCCUGAUCCAGAAUCAGCGAGAAACCCUGCUGUGAAUAAACGGUGCGUUCCAUUUGUAGCCCGGAAGUCGGAAACCACUUCCUAAGUUGAAGAAAUCAGAGCAACCCUGACACAGGAUUCAAAGACAAGCAUGUCUCUUCUUUUUGUUUCACAGCAAAUCAGUCGCACACACGCGUUUACUUCCUCUCUCUAAAAACCUGGUGACGUUCCGACUUAAAUGGAAUGCGCGUCAAACCCCGGAAAUCCUCCCAUGAUUGACAGUUUCCCUCGGCAGUGUCAGGCCACACCCACAGCACAGUCCGUGUGUAAUAAUCGUUCGCUGUGUUUUUGACUCGCGUCUCACUCACACUCACAAUUAAACAUUCAUUUUAACGAUGGGAUGUUUCCUUUUUACGUAGUUUCUUUUUUAAAGUGGUUUGCUUGAGUGAAAAUGAUUUUUUGAAGUGUGGCUUUAGGAGGUCAUGAACUCUUAGCGCCCCCCUGUGUUGAGAAGAUAAGUUGAAGCUUCAGUCUACAAUAUCUUAAGAAUAUUAUUGCCACCUUAUAUUGUCCUAAUAACCCACCGACGCUCCCACACCAAAGCCCAUAGAGAAAAUCAGUGAUUUUAACAUAACACACACACACACACACACACACACACACAGGAGUUGUUGAUCCACUGCUGCCUCCAUCACUAAGUUUAAAUGUCUUAUUUUCUCAAUUCGGCUUUUAAAAUCUUUUGUUCUGAUUAACCUCAGUGACACAAAGUGACCACAGGAGGCAGCAGUAGACCAGCAGCUCCUGUGUCACCCGCAAACUAAAAAUCACUGGUUUUCUCUAUGGGCUUUGGUGUGGGAGAGUGAGUGGUUUACAAACUUCUGUGCAACAGUGAGUUCUAUUCAUUCAGACAGUAUUUAUGUAUUAAAUGCUCGUAAAACUUGAAUCUACACGGGUUGAAUGAUCUUAAAUCAGAUAAAUAAAAUAUCGGAGGCCGGUUUCUUUUAGACGGAAAGGUAAGAAGAAGAAAAUCUAACCAUUUUUGUCUUUUUUUAAUGUGUCCGUCGCCUGUCCCCGCGUCCCGAGGCUGAGUUUCUGGCAGACAUUUUAGUCUUGUGCUUCGUUAGCGUCGUAAAAGCUUGGCUGAAGAAACGAGGAAAGAAGUGAAAAAAACAAACACGCAAGAAAAAAGAAAACAGAAGUGCCUAUUCCCGUUUCCUUUUCUCCAGAUCAUGUUCAGGACUUACUUUGACGCUAAAUAACAAUAACAAUAACCCUGUCAUUAAUAUUAUUAUUAUUAUUAGGCUCUACUGUAUUGGCUUUUUGUAUGGAUGUAAAGAGAUCUUGUUGAAUACACUGUAUGUUAUAUAUAUAAAUAUAUUAUUGUCUUGAUUUUAACGAAAGUGUACGUCGAAUGUUCCGGGAACGAAUAAUUGAGUAAACACCGCUUUAUUUCCCACAAAUUAUUUAACGUUAAAUUAAAUUAAAUUAAAUUAAAUUAAAUUAAAUUAAACUGCGACAAGACAUUUUCCAACAAAGCUAAAAUCAUCUGCUCCCCUAAAAAAUAACACUAACAUUCAUGUGUUCAUUCUCCAGCAGGUUCAGUGUUCUACUGUCUGUGAAGUGUUCAAUAAAGCUGUGAAUGAA